AAUGAACCAACACUGACAACAGGGAACUAGUUGAUCAGGCGGAGGAGGCAGAUCCCGUCCGGCUCCAUUAUUUGCGUCGUUUAUAGUUAUUUGUUUUCUUUCAUUUGAAUUUUUGGGAAACUGGAAACAUUGGAUCAAAAUCGGUGUGGAAAAUAUUCAUCAAUGAAGAACCAAGAUGCUCCGGACGUGAGGCAGCAUCGUUCCAGAACGAGCCAGCGGAGAUUUUCUGAGGCGGACGGACAGGAAAAGCUGCAACACUGAUGUUUGGGAAAAACGUGAAAAGAUCCUCCACUGCAUCAUGUCUGUCGCUGCCUGUGAAGAACUUCCUGAUCACCUCCUGAUGACUGGAGGCAGAAACUCCAUUCCUGACGACGAGACGCCAAACAUUAUGCAAAUAAAGGAGGAACAGGAAGAAGCAGAACCACAGCAGGCGACUGAGCCAAACAAGGAACCAGAACCUCAGCUUGAGAAAGUGGAACAUGUGGAAGUGUGGGUCUUUCAGGACGAACAGCUUUCAGUGCAGCAGGAGACCAGCGUCUCUACGGUGACUCCAGUUUAUGGGGAAAAGAUCCACAACGAACCAGAACAGCUGCAGAUUAUAAAGGAGGAAACAGAACCUGUGGAGAUUAAAGCAGAACCGGAGGAUGAAGGUCUGCGUGAGGUCAAGCAGGAGCCUGAAACCUCCAUGGUGACUCCAACUCAUGACAGCACUGAUCCAGAACCAAGCACCAACCAGCUGGUACCACUCAACUCCCCUGAAGAACUGAACCCACAGCAGCAAGGAAGCGACCAGAACACAUAUUGUUGUGACGUGUGUAAAAAAUCUUUCACAGCUCGUAAGAAUUGGAUUUACCACCUUAAAACCCAUAAAGAGGAGAAACCUUUCCUAUGUCUGACUUGUGGAAAAGGUUUCAUUUGGAAAUCGGCUUUAACGCUACACCUUAGAACGCACACAGAUGAGAAACCGUAUCCCUGUGAACUGUGUGACAAAUCUUUCAGUAAAAAGAGUUAUUUGGCUCGUCACGUAAGGGUUCACGGGGAUGAGAGGCCGUUUCCUUGUGACUUGUGUGGCAGAACCUUUAGACACAGUAGCAAUCUGGCCCAUCACCGUAAAGCUCAUACAGCUGACAAACCUUAUUCCUGCGACUUGUGUGACAAACAGUUCAGCGAACAUAGUAGCUUGGCCAACCACCUUACGACUCACACAGACGAGAAACCUUACCCCUGUGAACUGUGUCACAAAUCUUUUAAUAAAAGGAGUUAUUUGGCUCGUCACAUCAGGAUUCACGGGGAUGAGAGGCCGUUUCCUUGUGACUUCUGUGGCAGAACCUUCAGACACAGUAGCAAUCUGGCCCAUCACCGGAGAGCUCACACGGGUAAAAAGGUUUAUUUUUGUGACUUGUGUGACAAGCCUUUUAGUAAACAUAGCAGUUUGGCCGAUCACCUUAAAACUCACACGGAUGAGAAGCUGUAUUCUUGUGAACUGUGUGAUAAAUCUUUCAGUAAAAAGAGAUAUUUGACUCGUCACAGAAGGAUUCACGGAGAUGAGAGGCCGUUUCCUUGUGACUUUUGCGGUAAAACCUUUAAACACAGCAGUAAUUUGGCUCGUCAUCAUAAAGCUCAUACAGCUGACAAGCAUUAUUCAUGUGACCAAUGUGAGAAACAUUUUAUCGACUGCAGUAGUUUGGCUUAUCACCUUCGAACUCACACAGCGAUGGAGUUUCCCUGUGAUCUGUGUGAUAAAUCCUUCAGUAAAAGCAGCUAUUUGUCUCGACACCGUAGGAUCCACAGGGAUCAGAGGCCUUUUUCUUGUGACUUGUGCGGCAGACGCUUUAGACACAGUAGUAAUUUGUCCGAACAUCACAGAACUCACGCAAACGACGAGCAUUAUUCUUGUGACUUGUGUGACAAACAUUUUAUCAACCAGAGUAGUUUGGCUUGUCACCUCAGAACGCACACAGACGAGAAACCGCAUCCCUGUGAACUGUGUGACAAAUCCUUCAGUAAAAGGAGCUACUUGGCUCGACACAGGAGGAUUCACUGGGAUGAGAGGCCAUUUUGUUGUGACUUCUGUGGUCGAACCUUUAAGCACAGCAGUAAUUUGGCUCGUCACCGCAGAGCUCACACAGGUGAGCCUCUGAGCAACCCCAGUUGUUUGGCUCUUCACAAGACUCACAAAGAUAAAAGGCCUUAUUCCUGUAAAUUGUGCAAAAAAUCUUUUAGAAAAAAUAUUGAUUUGAUUCGUCACCUUCACACUCACACAAGUGAGAAGCCAUGUUCUCUGCAGGAAACGAGUCCAGCCCUCUGCUUGUGAGCAACAUUUAAAAACAGAUUUCAACUAAACUGUUGUCAAACGUUUGUGCAGCAAAAGGUUCAUUUUAAAAAUGUGA